AUCACCCACAAAUGAACAUCAGUACCGACACUCCUCAACUAUAAAUCGUGAACGCUGAUGCUACUGCUCACUCAGUGCAAUUUCAACACUCAAUCUCAAGUGCAUCUAGAUUGGAAAGAAUAACGACGAACGGAGGGUUCCACCCUCAGCAAUAAUCAUAAACGUGGCAGAAACCACUCCCCCAUCAGGAAAACAAGCAUGAAAACCAGCGUGUGCAACAGCAACGUGAUAGCAGGAUGAUAGACGUUAACCAAAUUUCAGUACUAUUUUCGACCCUAAUCCUGUGCUCCCACCUCGCGGGAUAUGAUUGCGGAGCGACUAAGGAGCAGAUGAUGAAAACCGGCCGAAUGUUUCGACAGGUGUGUCAACCAAAACACAAAGUUCCCGAUGAUAUACUGGAUGCUGGUAGAAAUGGUGUGUUUGCCGAUACUAAAGAUUUCAAGUGCUACGUUAGUUGUUUACUGGACAUGAUGCAAGUGACACGAAAAGGAAAGGUAAACUACGAAAGCUCAUUGAAGCAAAUUGAUCAAUUCAUUCCGGACGAUAUGAAAGGAGACUUUCGUAAGGGAUUGGACGCCUGCAAAGACGCUGGUUCGUACCAAUCGUAUUUUGAUUUGAAAGGCGAAUUCAUUGAUUCGAUUUUCUCAGCUCAAGGCAUGAAAAAUCAUUGCGAUGCGGCUUUCACACUUCUCAAAUGUUUCCACGCCAACAACCCGCAGUUUGUCUUUCCCUAAAGUUGUAAUAAAUUGGUUUGAUUAUCGGGUAGAUGAGUUCGUCAAUAUACACGUUUAGAUCAAUCGAAAAUUGGACCACGAUCUGUGUUUAGUACACUAGAAGACAUUUGUUUAGCCGCACCUUUUCAAUAAAAUA